AUGAUCGAAAAUGUUACCGCAGUGUGCUGUGAGCAGACGGUUUCCGCGUCCGACAAAGUAGAGGAUAUGAUUCCUUCCAGUGGUGCUGCAGCAGACACAGACACUUGUAGCGUGUCGAAUAGUGCAUUGGGUGGCGACAACGAGAACCGAGCUAAGGAAACCGUUCAUUUCCCCCGGACACCCGUUCGUGUGGUAACCCCUCUGCAGAGAAGAUCCCCACUGGGGCAUUUAACUCCACCUGCCACCCCGCUAUGUCGUACACCACCUUUAGCAGUCCCCUGCACUCCGGACGGCGAAAGGCUCCCGCCUAAUCACAGUAAAUCACUAUGCCCAAAUGACCAAGAUGAGCGUUUUCAAACACCCACAGUGAAAACGCCGAUGCUCGCGGCAGAUCAAGAGAGCCCAGUAAAGCAUCGCCAUCAGAGGCGCAAGUUCCUCGAUAACUAUUUCUUCUUGAAAAACCUUAACGCACUACCGCUGACGCCUGAGCGCAAAAAGGAGCGGGACGCCGGGCCUUUUUGCAGACGAGCGCUACAAUUUCCCUCCCCCAACACCUCAAUGCACUCCGUUGGAAUGGAUGCCAUCUCUUCUCCGCUACCACCACUAUCACCGUCGACGCCAGUAACCCGACCCCCUCAACCAUCUGCAGAAGGCAGUGAUGUAACGGAGGUUCAAACAGCUGGUAGACGGUUUGUACGCUCAUUCACCACACAGUCCGCUGAGCAAAGUUACACUAAAUCAGGCGAUAUAUUAUCCGUGCCUGAGGGGGAACGGUGUGAGAGUGUACAGGCAUCUGUGAAAGAGAUUUGCCCCGCGGCAGAUGCUUCUUCACGUGCAAGCAGUUCGCUGGGUGAACAAAACGACAGGGGUCGUUCGCCGUCGCCCAUUGCAGUGGAUGAGGAAGGUGAGGUCACUCGCCCACCGCAUGAAGUGGCAAGGACGGUGACACCCUGCCCCCUAAGGUCAAGUGAAGUGGGCGGAAAGGCAGAGGAUUUUCCCCCUGAUGCUCCGAUAGAUGCACAAGAGCAAGGUGUGCAGCCGUUGGACAAUAGCGGCUUCGCACCAAUUGGCGUAAACGACGUUUCCCUUCAUAUCACUUCAACGGCUUCGUGCCAAUCAGGUGAACAAUCGACCCUCUGUGAGGGGCAUGAUUGCCCGGAGUUGGGGGUUUUAAAUACAAAAUGCGUUACUGUUGGUGCACGUACGUCUUUACGAACGGAUGGAAGCAAAUCAGGAGGAAGAGUAGAAGAGCUCUCCCUAGAUCAAAGGAAAUUGUUGACGGAGCAACCCACACGUUCGCGGGGUGGCGCUGUCUUUCCAACAGAAGAAUCUUUACGCGGCUUUUCUGAUAAACUUUUCGACCAGUACCAAAAUAAACUUGCUCAUUUGGCCUUUGAUGUUCUUUAUACACGGAUGGUGGCUUCUCCGAACACCCAAAUGUUGGAGAGUCAUGGACGGCGACUUAUAUGCAUGCGGCGCGAUGCGUGGAUCAGGGAGUUGAUUGAGUUGGAAAGGCUUCUCCUUCCUUUAGUAAGGGGCCGAUCCCGAAGUCGCGGAGGAAAUAAAAACUCCGCCAGAAGUAAAAGCAGUAAACGUGCGGAAAGUCCGCGCAGCGACGGGAGCUCAAAACGAUCACGCAGUGCUCGCUGCUACAUUCUCCCGACCGUACACGAUGACAAAGGGUACACACGUGAUUAUUUGGGUGACGGUCCCAGCUGCAAGGGGUUCAACAAGAAUGUCACACAGAGUGUUGUUAUUAUGGAUGCAACAGAUGUCGUGGAGGAAGAGGAAAAGCCAAAAGCACACACCACAGCACCUGAUCCAAUCCUGUCAUCACACCACAAGGUAGUCAGCAGCGGUGGGUGUUUUCCAUUUGUUCACCGACUAAGUUCCCGUGGUGGAAGGCGAAAGGAAAGGCAGUCGCGUGGUGCUACUACAAUACCGGCUGAAUAG